AUGGGAUACUACGAUCCCGAGGAGGCCCCGGUCGCGGGGAUGCCGAGCGGCAGGAACAAGGUCGAUCGCCGCCAGCUGCCGCCGCAGCAGCACGAGUUCAACCAGCGGAUGAUGCGGGCGACCGGGGAGGAAUCGCCCAAACCUUUUCACUUCGAGCACCCGAAGGACGUGUCUAAAAUAUGCGUCGAACGCGACGUGUUCGGGCGCCCGGUGCUGUCGCCGAAGAUCAAGCUCAGCUUUAACGGCGAGGACGGGGACACGACGCCGGUGAAGAGCCCGGCGGUGAAGAACGCGGAGCUCAGGGAGGUGCGCGGCGAGCUCGACUACAGGUCGAGAUUCUGGUGA